AGAAGAACAUCAAGUAGAUCAAGAUGAUGAGUCAUUUUAAAGAAGACAGUGAGAAUUCUGACUACUGCUCUGUUACAGGAGAUGGAAGUGCCGAAAUGGAGAAUGAACGUACAGCUGAUCUUCAAACAUUAAAAGCUUCAAACAACCAGCUUUUAGAUGAAAUUAGAGAUAUGAAAGGAACAUUGUAUGACCUCAAAAUUGAUAAAAUGAACUUGAUCAGAAAAAGCAAAGGUGAAAGAGACAUAUGGGAAAAUGAAGAAAGGCGGUUCAGGGAAAUCAUCUCCGACAAAAAUGCAGAAAUAAAAAAGUUACAGUCAGCGAUAAAACGUUUUGAGAAAACCCACAAAGAUCUUACAGAGCAAAACAAUGUUUUAAGCAGUACUCGAUACAAAGGGGCGUAUGAGAGACAAAAGAGAGAAUUGUCUGAAUCAAAAGCUGAAAUAGAGGAAUCAAAAGCUGAAAUAGAGAAGCUAAAAGAGAAAAUUCUGUGUCUUGAAAAGGCAAUGGAAGAAAUGAAAGAAAAAGAUGAACAUAUCUGUGAAAAGGUUACAGCAGGAAUGAAAGCUAUUAUACAGAAUAACCAGGACGAAAUGAUGAAGAAGCUGACUGAGAAUAAAAGGGACUAUGAGGAUAAACUUGACAAGGUACAUGAAAAUAUGAUUAAUGUGAUUACAGAAAAAGACAGGUUAAAUAAAGAAAUGAUGACUAAAAUGGCUGAAAAAGACAGAGAGCAUAAGGAAGAGAUGUCUGAUAUGUUAAAAAAAAUUGCAGAAAAAUUUGAAUCGAACAAGAAUACAUCCGAACAACAAAUGCCAAGUUUUGAAAGACGUUCGAAGCAGUUAUCCAAUGGAACUUGUAGAGAAAAUGGGAAAACAUACGAAGUACAGAGUAAUUACUUUGUUAGGAGAUUUGGACAGUUAGAAACGAAUAAGGAAACGACCGAAAUAAAAGAGCCGAAUUUGUUGCAGCGACCAGAGAGCUUGCCCGGACAUCAGGUUUCAAUGAAAAAAGAUGGUGACGGACAAAAGUCUGUUCUCAAUGAAAAAUCAGAGAAUGUACCCAGUCGCAAGAUCGUAACAAACAAAAAUACAACUAAGCAAAAUCCCACUCUUGUAACAAAAUCGGAGCAACUACAUUAUGUAACAGUCCAGCAUCAGAGGACUAGUUUGGAAAGAGAUGCUCAUUCUUUUCCAAACAUCAGAGGAUCUUUAAAAUGGUCUAGUCCAAACGCUCCGUGGAUAUACCCAGAAGGCAAAAAAUAAAUUACAUGACUUGAGAGAAAAAUGCAUUUGAGAAAAUUAAACUGUAAAAUCUGAAGUAUGCAAAGUGUGAACCUUGAAAAAAAGAGAACUAAUUUGAAUAGAAACAGCAGAAAAGAUUUCUACAAAACGACUUAAUACGGAACACAAUCUGAACGUAAGAUAUUUCGAUUGUAUUUUGGUGCUGUUGGAGGAGGGCAAACGCCAUCGUGUGUGUGUAUUUGCACUUGAUUGUUGUUUCUAUUUCAUUUCAGAAAAUAAAUGAUCUUGUUAAACAUUCUUACACUGUUAUGGAACUAAAAAUGUAAGGCAAAGGUUGUAUGGAAAACUGUAAGUCAGAAUUUUCAUUUUCAGUGACACGUUUAUAUUGUAUAUAUUCUCAUCAAUGUACAUAUGAUUUAAAAUUAUCGUAGUAUGUAACUGAACUUACACAUAGAUAUUAUCAAUAGAAUUACAUAACGUUAACAGUGUUUUUACAUUAAAAUAGCUUUUAAUGUUUCUUUACAUACCUAGUGCUAUGCUUUUGUGUUGUUCAUUAAACGGAGACAUGUGUCAUGUCGAAACUAGUAAA